AAGUAUUGAAUUGCCUCAGUGUAUUUUAUUGGAGAUUGCUGGCAGCAUUCUCUCAUAACUGUACGUGCUGUGUCUGCAGUAGAUACUCAGUGGAAAACUGGAUGGCUGCGAGCUUCAGGUAUUCCUUGCUGUGCUCAGUGACGAUAUAAGAAUUAAGCGAUGCUGUUUGUUAUCAGAGAUAAUAUUCAUGUGUUUAUCACUGAAAGGUUUUGUGUGUCUGGCCAUGGUGAAAGGGUUUGGAGGUGGAAAAUCGCUAAUGUUUUGGUUUAUUGUAAAAGAGGAACAGAAAAAGGAAAUCAUUUUCACUCAGGCUGUGGUUUGAAAAAAUGUCAGCAGACUUCUGGAAACAGUUGAAAGCUGUGACAGUUCUCAGAACGCCACAAGUCAGGGCCCGGACAUUCAGAUUUGAAGUGAUCCAGAGACUUUUUCCUUUCCAAAGCACAGUAAGGCACUUCUAGGAGUUUAAUAGCAGCAAUGUUAUCAGCGUGGAUGUUGCUCCCGUGGCCAGCAGGAAGCCAGUGCAGUUUUAUGGUGUAAAUCUUUUGGCUGUUUGAACUGGUACUGUUAAGAAAUUUGCUUUCAAGAUAGCUUUCAGAAUUGUUACGAGAAAUGGCAACAUAUUUUUUCAUAAUAUUUAUAUAUUUCUGUAAUCUCUUUUGUUCCUGCUGUGGAUAUCAUCACACAGAUUUCUGGAAGUCUGAUUGUUACCUACCAUGGUUUGAAGUCUUUUAUAAGCUGCUCAAUGUCUUGGCAGAUUAUUCAGCAAAAGGACAGGAUAAUCAAAGGAGUGAGCUUCUGGAAACAUUUCAUAAACUUAGCAUCCCUGAGCCAAAAACCCCUGUUCAGCUUGGAUUGCACUCUUACUUUACUGUGCCUGACAUCAGAGAGCUUCCUAGUAUACCUGAAAAUAGAAAUCUGACAGAGUAUUUUGUAGCAGUCGAUGUCAACAACAUGCUGCAUCUCUAUGCCAGUAUGCUGUAUGAACGCCGCAUCCUCAUUUGUUGUAGUAAGCUCAGCACUUUAACUGCUUGCAUUCAUGGAUCUGCAGCUAUGCUCUACCCAAUGUUCUGGCAACAUGUUUACAUUCCUGUUCUGCCCCCACAUCUCUUGGACUACUGUUGUGCCCCAAUGCCCUACCUCAUUGGAAUACAUUUAAGCUUGAUGGAGAAAGUUAGAAACAUGGCCCUGGAAGAUGUAGUGAUUCUUAACGUAGACACUAACACACUGGAAACCCCUUUUGAUGACCUUCAGAGCCUGCCUAACGAUGUGGUUUCUGCUCUGAAGAACAGAUUGAAGAAAGUCUCUACAACCACUGGAGAUGGUGUUGCAAGAGCUUUUCUAAAAGCGCAGGCAUCUUUCUUCGGGAGCUACAGAAACGCACUGAAAAUUGAACCUGGCGAACCCAUCACUUUUUGUGAAGAAACAUUUGUGUCCCAUCGUUCUGCUGUCAUGAGGCAGUUCCUUCAGAAUGCCAUUCAGCUCCAGCUCUUUAAGCAGUUCAUUGAUGGACGCCUGGAUCUUCUUAACUCCGGAGAAGGCUUCAAUGAUGCUUUUGAAGAAGAGAUAAAUAUGGGAGAAUAUGCAGGUAGUGACAAACUGUACCACCAGUGGCUCUCUACAGUAAGGAAAGGAAGUGGAGCCAUUUUAAACACAGUAAAGACCAAGGCUAACCCUGCCAUGAAGACUGUCUAUAAGUUUGCAAAAGAUCAUGCAAAAAUGGGAAUAAAAGAAGUGAAAAACCGCUUGAAGCAAAAGGACAUAGCUGAGAAUGGGUGUUCUGCAGCACCGGAGCAGCCUCUACCAAGACCAGCACCUUCUCCACUGGUUGAAAAGAAGGACCCUAAGUUAAGAGAGGACAGAAGACCAAUCACAGUGCAUUUUGGUCAGCAGCAAAGACUCCGUCCACCUCGGCCACCACCUCCAAAGAUACAGCGUUCAACUAGGCCCGUUCGUCCUCCAAGACCUCAUGUUGUUAAGAGACCCAAGAGCAACAUUGCUGUGGAAGGACGAAGAACUUCCAUUUCUAGUCCAGAGCAGCCUCAGCCGUACCGGGCUCUGAAAGAAUCUGAUAGUGCUGAUGGGGAAGAGGCUGUCAGUCCGGAAAAGGCAAAAGGGCCUCUGCCUCCAAGCCCUCUUUUCUCAAGCAACGCCACAGAAAUCAACCUCCUUGAAGACAUUUUCCCUAACUUAGAAGUAGAAACACAGCCUCAGCCUCUCAGCCAGGCUAAGAGCCUGGAAGACCUGCGGACUCCAAAAGAAGAGGGAGAUCAGCGAUGCACGUUUGAUUACCAGAGAAUGGAUCUUGCUGGGUCUGAGAGGAACAGGAUUGUGCCACCCAUGAAGCUGUCUCACCCUUACAACAAGCUGUGGAAUAUGGGUCAUGAUGACAUGGCUAUUCCUACCAAGUACUCCCAGAGCUCACCGGAAAGGCCCCUGACUGCACGUGGUAAUGUACUGCCAGUCACAAGGAGACCCCGGAGCAGAGACAGCAUUCUGGCUCCUGCAGAAAAGGAUGACUCCAGUCCUGCUGCUCAAGGGAACAUCACCAUUCCUAGGCCACAGGGGAGAAAGACUCCAGAACUGGGGAUAGUGCCACCACCACCAGCACCCAGGGCUUCCAAGCAUCAGACUCCAACUGGGACAACAGAAAUUCUCACCGCUCACGCUACAGGAAGUAGCCAGUUGGUUUCAGAUCUUAUCGCAGAGCCCUUUGGAGUUGCUAGGUUGUCCUUAGAACCUGAAGUCCAGCAGUCUGUAAAUUAUUCCUCUUGUUCAUCUCAGCUUUUGUCCAGUGCUAACAGCACUGCAGAGAUGCUCCAACCUGUCAAGGUGAAGACAGAUAAUACAGGUAAUGAAAGUGACUACCUUCUGAAUCUGCUGGAUCCAUUAAAAACAGCCAGCUGGCAAAGCAGUGGCCCGCAGCAAAGUUCCCACAGCCUGCAGAGCUCAGCUACUCCACCUUCUGGAGCUGGCUUUGCAUCGGUGGCAAGUGACUUUGUGCCUCCUCCAGCUGCACCAUUUGUCCAGUCACUCAGUUAUCCUUCCCCAGCACUGCCACCUUUUUUACAGGCAUCUCCUAAUCCUUUUACACAAACAGUGCCAGGAGCCCUUUCAUUGUCUCUUGUUAGGCCCCCAAGGGGCUCUUUCACCCCCACCUUAGGUCAUGCUUAUAGUUCUAGCUUCAUAACACCUAAUUCUAGUUUCUACCCACCACACAGACCUCAGCCAAACAUUUCAACACUGUCCAUGCCUAACUUGUUCAGCCAGGCUCCAGCAAUGUCACCAGCUAGCUCCUUACUGCUGCAGAGCCACAGCCCUUCUCCAGCAAGCUCUCUACAGCCAGCAUGUUUAAGUGGUCCUUCUAAAACCAGAACAUUACAGGUGGGCAAGUCCAGUUCCAAGGUAGAUACCAAACAACCACUAGCUAUUCUGUCUAAUGAACCCCCUUUGAUCCCUUCCAGGCCAGCUAAGGGCUUAGAGUCAGUGUUACUGUCCUCAAAAUCUGAGGAGACAAAAGAUCCAUUUGAAGAUCUGUUAAAAAAGACCAAGCAAGAUGUGUCAUCCACACCAGGUAAGGUUGAACAGCUCAGAAGGCAAUGGGAAACCUUUGAGUAAUGUGCCCGAUGGCCUUUUGAUGUCCCUUUGGAAUUGACAGAGGGUGUUUUUGUUUGUUUGUUUGUUUUUGAGCCAGCACACAACCAAGCAUUUCUUUUAAGGCUGCAGGACCAUCCCCAUGCUGCAAUUCACACGACUGCUUUUUGCCCAGAAUUUGUUUUGCUGGGGAGUUCCAAUGUUGUCCUGAUCCCUGCAACUGUUUCCUCGCUUUCUGCCACUGAACACACCCAUGGCUCUUGCACUGACCAAAGCAUGAAGGUGGUUGGGUUUUGGUUUGAUUUGGCUUGGUUUUCCACACGUAGCUUUUCAGACAAUACUACUGAUGCAGAAGUUCCUCCUUGUAUUUUCAGCCCUUAGCGCAGCCAGCAGCAUGACACAGCACACCAUACUAGUGUUUUCUUGCUGCCUGUCUGAAUGGUGUUCAGCUCAGUUUUUCCUGUGUUGUGUACAGUUAUAAUAUUUUGCUUUCUCAUGUAGAGUGCAGCAAACAAACCCAGACUUGUGGGCUGUACCGCGUUAAUAAUCCAUUGGGUUCCAAGUUUGUCCCGUCAUUCAUUCAUUUAGGUCAUACUAUUGGGUGAACUUUGGUUGCAAAUUUCACAUUUCCCUCCCCUGGUGCGCUGACACGGAGAGGUAAUAGGGACCUCUGGUCUAGAAUUGUCACAGUUCUUCAUUACAGCAAAACCAUAGCACAGAGCAGUUGCUCAGGGUUUGGUCCUGCAUCCCUGUUGGGAAACUGGAAACACCAGCAAUUGGUUUAUUUUUUGUUGUUUGUAUUUGUUUUUUUUUUUUUUGUUUGUUUUUUGUUUUUGUUGGUUAUGUUUUGUUGUUAAAUGUAUCAGAAAAUAGAGUCCAUAAGGAAAGAGAGUAUCCUAGUUCUUACGUAUGUGUAUGUUAAUAUUAUAUAUAAACAUUAUAGAUGGCAGUAUAUGAAUGGGAUGUAACAAUGUCUUGAUUAUUUAAAAAAAAAAAAAAGAGAAAGAAAAAAUGGAGUAUAAAAGUCCAUGGCUCAUGAGUUCGAGUUAAAUGCCAGCGUACUGACAGGAUGGCCCAAGUGCAGCGAGAUGAAAGCUGCAGUGCUUGUCUGUACAGACAGAAAUCAGAGUCAAGUGGAGCUGAGUAAGUAAUGUAACGCUGGAAGGCCAAUCCCUGACAGCUGCCUGUCACUGCUGGACUUCAGAAGUGCUAACUGCUGCCUUGAAGCAGUGCGAUUUCAUUCUGGUCUGCAAGGCUCUCCACUCCUUCAGCCUGUCUUAAAAGCCACAAUCCUUAUCCUGCUUCUGAUGAGAACCGAUGGCUGCUGUAACGAGACGCUAACUGGACCAUGAAAAGGACUGAGAGGUCACGAAGUACAACAAUGUAAUGAAAGGUUAAAGGGUACGUCCAUUCUGAUUUCGAAGACACUUAUCUGUGGCAAUAGCAUUCUCAAGAAAUUUCAUCUUAAUCUUGGCAACUUCUUUAAAAGCUGCUGUCUUUGCAGUGAUCAUUUCUGUUUUAUUUAAGUGGUGCUUUUUUUCGAUUUGUUUUGUAUUUGGGCAGAGUUCAAUUUAAAACAUUGCUCCAUAGAGGUAAUCACAUCACCAUUAAGCCUUUGAUAAAGGAAAUUGUUUUGAACACACGGGGAAAUUCUUGUAAGCUUUAUCUGAAUUAUUUCCAAUGUAUCUAUUUUAUUCAUAUAAUCUUGGAGGUUUUCUUACUCUAGUGUAUGAAAAUGGCUGUCUGUGUGUUUGAGUCUGUGCAAUACAAAAGAAAAAUACUCCUAAUAUCUGAAAUGCAAACAGUUUGAGAAAGACCGUAGUGUUGCAUUAAUAUUCUAUUUCUGUAAAGCACUGUUACUCUUACAAGCCAUUCAGUUGAAUUUGUAUUUUCUUUUUGUGUUGGAAGACAGAUGGUUUUAGUAUUGCAUAGUAAAAUAUUUAAAGUCCAA